CAUUGUUAGAGAGCCAGGAAAAUCUUGGCCAUAGAUUUAUCAUCUGUUUCCGAUUCGAUUUGAUUCUUACUUUAUCUUCUUCUUCUUCUUCUUCUUCUUUUGUAUCUUCUUAUAUCUAUUACUAUCUCACUUUUCUUUUUCACUUUUGGGGAAACGGAGUGAGAGAGUGUAGAGAAAGAGAGAGAGAAGGUUCUUCGAAGUCGCCGGAGUUGUUUAAUCAGAGCUCCGGCUACUUUCUAUCUUUUAUUCCUCUCUUCUCUCUCUUCUAAUUUUCUCUCAUCUUCGUCUUCGUCUUCGUCUUCUUAAUCGCUUUAUGCUCUGUUCUUGGGUUCUCUUGUUCAUCAAGCUGCAUCUACUGGCUGGUCCAGUGGUUGAUUUCUCGCUAUAUCAUCGGCUCCAUGCGUUUAAAGCCUAAAAGGAUUUGUUCUGGAGUAACUUUUCUUGAAAGAAGACUUUUAUUGAUUUUGAGGCUUUUCUCUGGGCAAUUGAAGAGGAUAUUUUAGGGUUUAGAGGGUUUGGUUUGAAUUUCGCUCACCAAGUGUUCGACAAAAUGGCUGAACCGAAGAAACGUUCUUCUUUUCAAACCAGUAAACCCUGCAAAAAACCCAAGAAGAAAACUUUCCAGCUAAAUCACCUCCCUGGUUUAUCUGAAGACUUGAAGACUAUGAGAAAAAUCCGAUUCGUAGUGAAUGAUCCUUACGCUACUGACUACUCAUCCAGCGAAGAAGAUGAAACCAAUCUGAAAAGGAAACGUUAUGUCUGCGAGGUCAACCUCCCUUUCUCUCAAGCCACUACUCAAGCUGAAUCUGAAAGCUCGUACUGUCAGGAGAGUAAUAAUGGUGGAAGCAAAGCCAAAACCUCUGCUUCUAGCAAAAGGGUUUUAAGCAGCAAAACCCCUCGGGUCGUUGGACGUUCAAAUGGUGUUUCCAAGCCUGUUGGUGUUAGGCAGAGGAAAUGGGGCAAAUGGGCUGCUGAGAUUAGACAUCCAAUCACCAAGACAAGAACUUGGUUGGGCACUUAUGAGACUCUUGAACAAGCAGCUGAUGCUUAUGCUACUAAGAAGCUAGAAUUUGAUGCUUUGGCUGCUGCCACUUCUGCUCCUUCCUCUGACUUGUCCGACAAUGCUCUGUCAGGUUCACAUGAGUCGGAGUCUCUGGUCUCAGCCUCUGGGUCUAAUGUUGAAGCUGUCUCAAGCAUUGAUCUUGACAAGGAGCUAGUCGAUUCAACCAUCGGUCCUGAAGCUGGUGAAUCGAAGAAAGCGAGUUUCGAUUUCAACUUCGCAGAUCUACAGAUUCCAGACAUGGGUUGCUUCGUUGAUGAGUCAUUAAUCCCAAAUGCUUGUGAGCUUGAUUUUCUCUUUACAGAAGAGAACAACCAACUGUUGGAUGAUUACUGCGGCAUAGAUGAUAUGAACAUCAUUGGUCUUGAUUGUGACGGUCCAAGCGAACUUCCGGACUAUGAUUUCUCAGAUGUGGAGAUCGAUCUUGGUCACAUUGGAACUACCAUCGACAAUUUUGGUUUCGUCGAUCACAUUACAGCAACUACUACCACUCCUCUUAAUAUCGCGUGCCCAUAAGUUUUGCAGCUAGGUGUUAUUUAUUAGCUAUAGGAGCUAAGCAAAGAAAGCUCUUUUUUACUCGGUUUGUGUUUAAGUUAUUACAGUAUAGCGGAGGCAAUUAAUCUCAGGGGAAGCAAGAACCCUAAAGAGAGAAGUUUUGUGUGUUGGUGUUACUAAAAAGUUUUGUAGACAUAAUGGUUUUGAUGUUGUGGAGAAGAUAAGAGAGGUGAGAUCAAACUUGAGAUCUCAGGUGGGUUUUUUUGGAGGCAAUUAUUGUCUCAUUUGGGUUUUUGCUAUGUUCUGUCCAAAUGGGGAUUUUUGUCUUUGAAAAGCCUUUUAGGUGUUUUCAGUUUUGUAAGCUCUUUCAAUCUUUGUAAGUUUUGCCUAUUGAGUUAUGAGAUAUAUAUGUGAAGCCUAGUUAUUGCCU